AUGUUCACUCAUCAGCCCACCUGGGAUGACUGCCAACAGCUCCUCCGGAUCCUAUUCACUACGGAAGAACGGGAGCGAAUCCAGCUGGAGGCGAGAAAACUGGUUCCUGGAGAUGAUGGUCAACCCACCGCUAACCCUGACCUCAUCAAUGCAGCUUUUCCCUUAACUCGCCCCCCGCAGGAUGAAUGGGACUAUAACACCGGAGAAGGUAGGGGACGACUGCUCAUUUAUCGCCAGACUCUAAUGGCGGGUCUCCGGGCUGCCGCGCGCAAGCCCACUAAUUUGGCCAAGGCAGCCCCUGAUAUUAAAAAGAAACUCCAGAAGUUAGAAGAUCUGGAGGGCAAACAGAUACAGGACUUACUCCGUAUCGCCCAGCGCGUCUUUAAUAACCGGGACGCCCCAGAGGAUAAACAACUUAAAGCCACUGAGAAAAUGACUAAAGUCUUGGCGGCCAUUGUUCAGAAAGAUCAAGAGGGCCCCCCAGCCACUCGACCUCCCAGGGUAACCCUACGAGUGGAGGGGAAACCAGUCCAAUUCCUGGUGGAUACAGGGGCACAGCAUUCGGUCUUGGUUAAGCCCCACGGGAAAAUUUCUAACAAAUCCUCCUGGGUCCAGGGAGCUACGGGAGUCAAACGUUACCUAUGGACCACUCAGAGAACUGUGGACUUGGGCACGGGAAGGGUAACCCAUACCUUUCUGGUCAUUCCCGAUAGCCCUUGCCCCUUACUGGGGAGGGACUUACUCACUAAAAUGGGAGCACAAAUUCAUUUUCGGCCAGAGGGGCCAAUCGUAACAGACCCUCACGACCAACCCAUAUCUGUGCUCACCCUGAACUUGGAAGAUGAGUACCGACUUCACCAGGAACCACCCUCCCAAAAUCAAUAUAUAGAGUCAUGGCUUCAGCAGUUCCCCGAAGCAUGGGCAGAAACAGGGGGGGUGGGACUAGCCAAACACCGCCCAGCCCUAUUCAUAGAGAUCAAACCGGGGGCAGAUCCUGCACGUGUCCGACAGUAUCCCAUGCCCCUAGAGGCCAAGACUGGUAUCACUCCUCAUAUUCGCCGGCUUCUUGACCUGGGGAUACUGCGUCCCUGCCAGUCGGCCUGGAAUACACCCCUGCUGCCAGUCCGCAAACCUAACAGUAAAGACUACCGCCCAGUGCAGGACCUGAGGGAAGUCAACAGACGGGUCAUAGACAUCCAUCCUACUGUGCCCAAUCCAUAUACUCUUUUGAGCGCCCUUAGUCCAGAAAAACAAUGGUAUACUGUGCUGGACCUCAAAGAUGCCUUUUUUAGUUUACCCUUGGCGCCCAAAAGUCAAGAACUCUUUGCCUUCGAAUGGUCAGAUCCCGAGAGAGGUAUAAACGGACAACUCACCUGGACCAGACUUCCCCAAGGAUUCAAAAACUCGCCUACCUUGUUUGAUGAGGCCCUACACGAGGAUCUCAGUGAGUACCGGAGACAAAACCCCAAUGUAACCCUCCUGCAGUAUGUUGAUGAUCUCUUAAUAGCUGCUGAGACCGCUGAAGCCUGCCUGCAGGGAACCAGAAACCUCCUACGGACUCUCGGCACCCUGGGAUACCGAGCCUCUGCCAAGAAAGCACAGAUCUGCAGGCCUGAGGUAACUUACCUGGGAUACCUAUUGAAAGGGGGGCAACGAUGGCUCACAGAUGCACGGAAGGAAACCGUCCUCCGCAUCCCCAGACCCACCACGCCUCGACAGGUGAGGGAAUUUUUGGGGUCGGCUGGGUUCUGCCGUUUAUGGAUACCCAAAUUUGCUGAAAUGGCCAAACCGCUAUACCUAGCCACCAAAGAGCAGACGCCCUUUGAAUGGACAGAAGAGGCUGAGCAGUCAUUUCAGCAGAUUAAAACUGCCUUGCUAUCCGCACCCGCCCUGGGUCUCCCUGAUGUCUCCAAGCCCUUCCACCUCUUUGUAGAUGAAAGCAAAGGCAUAGCUAAGGCCGUGUUGACCCAGCCCCUCGGUCCUUGGCCCAGACCUGUUGCUUACCUAUCAAAAAAAUUGGACCCAGUGGCUGCCGGCUGGCCUCCUUGCCUCCGGAUGAUCGCCGCCACGGCCCUAAUGGUAAAGGAUGCUGACAAACUAACUAUGGGGCAGGAGUUACAUGUCACCACCCCCCACGCCAUCGACGGGGUUCUCAAACAGCCUCCCGACCGAUGGAUGAGCAAUGCUCGAUUAGUCCACUACCAGGGUCUACUGUUAAAUCCCCUCAGAAUCAGCUACACUCCGCCGCGGGCAUUAAACCCUGCCUCCCUAUUACCUGACCCAGAUUUGGACUCCCCACUCCAUGACUGUGCAGAGGUACUGGCCCAGAUCCAUGGGGUUCGGGAAGACCUACGUGACCAGCCCCUACCGGAUGCACAAGUCACAUGGUUCACUGACGGCAGCAGCUUUGUCCAGCAAGGUCAGAGGUAUGCGGGGGCAGCAGUAACAUCAGAAACUGAGGUGAUAUGGGCAGAGACUCUCCCCCCAGGGACCUCAGCCCAAAAAGCUGAAUUAAUUGCCCUGACCCAAGCUCUCAAGAUGAGCAAAGGCCAAAAAGCUACCAUAUACACAGACAGCCGGUAUGCUUUCGCUACCGCACAUAUACAUGGGGCAAUAUACCGAGAGCGGGGACUACUCACAGCAGAGGGCAAAGACAUCAAGAACAAAGAGGAAAUCCUGGCUUUGCUAGCAGCCAUAUGGGAACCCAAAAAGCUAGCCAUUGUACACUGCCCGGGGCAUCAAAAACCCACGAAUCCAGUCACCCGAGGCAACAAUUUGGCAGACCAGACGGCUCGAAAGGCGGCACACACUCCAAUACCAUUACUUCCCCUGCAACUGCCGGAUCCAGGCCCCCGGGAACUACCACCCCAACCCGACUACUCGGAGGAUGACAUCAGAUGGAUGAGCAAGCUUCCUCUAACCCAGGUUAGAGACGGAUGGUGGCGGGACGCUAAGAACAAUAUCCUCCUUCCUGAGAGACUAGGAACCCUGGUCCUUGAACGGAUCCACCGUAGCACCCACUUGGGCGCCCGACGGCUACAGGAUCUCAUCAGGCAGACUGGACUUAAAAUUAAAAAUGUCUCCGAGAAGACUGAACGACUGGUUGCUGACUGUGCAGUCUGCCAACUCCAUAAUGCCAGCACCCACCCGCCAACCACUGGCAUCCGGGAGAGAGGAAACCAGCCUGGAGCCUACUGGGAAGUGGACUUCACGGAGCUCCGGCCAGGUGACUGGGUCCUUGUCAAACACCAUCGACAAGAGACCCUAGAACCCAGGUGGAAAGGACCUUACCAGAUCAUCCUGACAACGCCGACAGCCAUCAAGGUGGACAGCAUAGCUGCCUGGAUCCAUCACACACACGUCAAGCCGGUGGACCCAUUUUCUGACCUCAUCAAGUCCACUAAAGCUGACGUCACCUGGACUGUUGACCGGAGUAAGAACAAUCCCCUCAAACUGACUUUGCGCCGUACCCUCCCCCAUGAUGACCAAGGAAUCAAUGCAUAG